AUGUCCCGCCUCCUCCGCCUCCUCCGCCUCAUACCUUCGCUCCGCGGCCUCCCAUCACCACCCCUCACAAACAUCCAACACCAAAUGGUCCAAACCCGCCUCUCCUCCUCCUUCAUGCAAUCCUCCCCCUCCCCACCCCGUCUCCCCGCCGACCAACAAGCCGAAUUCGAGCGUCUCCAGCGCGCCGCCGAAGCCGCUCUCUCCUCACACACGACUAUCUCUACCGAUUCUGCUGCUACUACAGGCGCAACAAGUCCCCUGACUACCUCCCGCCAUGUCACGACUCCAUCUGACACCACCCAAACCACCCAAGCGGCACAAACAACCAAAACCACCCAAACCCAACAGACUGCAGUGGAAGACCUCGCCUCCCCCCCAGAAGCAGCAGCAGGGACCUUCAGCGGGGGCAUCCGCAAGGGUGCGCCGCCCGAGUUUGAGGGGGAUGUUCACCCGAAGACGGGCGAAGUGGGCGGGCCGAAGAAUGAACCGUUGCGCUGGGGCAGUGGGGGGGAUUGGAGUUUUAAUGGGAGGGUUACGGAUUUUUAG